AUGCCAAGCCGAAGAAACACCCCCUCCGCCGGCGCUGCUCAGCGACAGCCAGACGCAACUCAAUUGCGCUGGCGCAGCGUCGCCGGAUCAAGAAGCCCCCGCGACGACGUCAGGUCGUCGCCGGAUCCCCUCAAUGACGGCGCGUCACCUGACCAGUCCGUCCUCUCCUCCAACACGCGGCGCAUGACACGCAGCCACCGCGUUCAAAAGUUCCUGUCAAUCGGACCCACGCCUAGAAGGCCGGCGUUCCAACUUGACGUGGACAAGAGCGGUGGCAGAGCGCCUCGCGGCAGGGCACCUCGUGGCAGCCUGAUCGUGAGCGUGGAGGAGAACAAGAAGGAUGCCGACACAGCAUCCAACAAAAACACUACCGCCACCACCACCACCAACGCUGCGCGACUGCGCAAAGGAGCGGCGGCCACCACCACCACGGUCCCGCUCAAGUAUUCCGUCGAGGACGAGUCUAGUGAUGUCCUCGGCUCGACGAAUGCUACCCCGCGGCCACGACCGCGCAAAACUAGGAUCCGCGCUUCCAAUGGAACGCCGAUCCCGAAACCCACGGCUGGGAAGCGAAAACGAGAUGCUUCUCCUGAACGCGCAACACCAGAGCGCGCAGGAACAGUCGAAGAGAGCAUGGAGUCGGACUCCAUCGAUGACCUCACGACGAGGUCCCCCACGCCAAAGCGUCGCAACACGCGCUCGCCCAGACAACGGGCGGAUGAGCCGUCGAGCGAACUUGGCACAGAAACAGUGCCCAGGGUAACGCCAGCCAAGCGCAGUGUGCGCAGGCGACGAUACCCCAUGGCACCGCCCCAACUAGCCGGGCGGGCAGAAGCUGAUAGUAGCCCGUCAGAGAUGGCCCACGUCCCAACAAGUGAGGACGACCUACAACGGGACAUGACGGCUACGAUCACGGUCGAUGUAAGCCGUGAAGUGUCAGCACCUGCGACUGACGCGGAGCCAGAAUCGGAUUUCUGGAUUGCAGCCGCGUCACGAGACACAACUCCGAGAGCCUCGGUAGAGCCUGCGGAGAAUGCAGCUGCGCAAGUGGAGGAGCGGGAAGAGGAGGAAGAAGAGCGAGAGCCGUCGGUUGCCACGUCACAAGAAGACUACGGCUUCCUUCCGCCCGCCGCAAGUGAUGUCUCGUCUGCUGAUGACGAGCCAGCGGCGGAACCGACGGCAACGAGAAGAAACGAUACUAUUGCUCAAGGCGAAGACUUUAGUAUGAUUCUCAUGGACUCGAUCCACUCGCUGCGAGAAAGCACACAGGGUGCUCCGCCUCCACAGCGCUACAGCCCGUUGGGUGAUGACACGAACCUCAUCAUCAACGAAACGCUUGAGUCGCUCCGACAGGGCGAUGUAGCUGACGGGGAAGAUGAAGGUGCGGACGACGAGGACGAUGAUGCGGACACGUUGAGCGGCCGCGACUACUCUGGAAACGACGCGGCUGUCGAUGAGACGGCUGCUCCAGAGCUGCCAGCAGUGGCUGCGGCCGACUUGGCUUCUGGACCUGAGCUUGAAGCUCAGCCAGACCAGUCGUCGCAGCCCGAAGCGGCAGAGGCCGAUGUGGAAGAGGAGAACCCGGAGAUGCUGGGCAGCCGCGAAUCUGAAAACGACGCGGCUGACGAGGAGGCUACUGCUGCUGUUGCGACGCCCGAGCCAGUGGCUGUCGACGUGGAAUCUGCGAUUGGUCUUGAUGGCCAGCCAGACGCGUCACUGCCCGAGGCUGUGUCGGAGCCAGUAGCUGAGCCCGUAUCGGAGCCGGUCACCGCGCCUUUAUCAGGGCCGGUAACCGAGCCCGUAUCGGUGCCUGUAGCCUCCACUGCAUCGGAGCCGGUAGUCUCCGCCGCAUCAGAGCCCGUGGCUGAGCUCGCAUCGGAAUCUGCAGAGGACGAGGAAGAAGACCUCUAUUCGGCGAUUGACAAGAUUGCGGAACAAAAAGUUUCGCAAGUCAAACAAGACGCCGAGCGAGAGGUUACUGCGGAGCUCGAAGCAACCUUCACGGCAGCCUUCUCAGCUGAGUCGGAGCCGGAGGUUGCAGCCGCAUCGUCCAGCAAGUCCCACGGCCGCCAGUCCCCGCCCGUGUCUCGCAGCGCACGGCUGUCAUCGUCGCCUCGAAAGGCGACAAACUCGUCACCGCUCCGCUUCCGCGUCUUCAAGCGGUAUGGCGGGCGAAGCGAAGAGGCCUCACGUAGGAGCCCUCGACGAUCUGCAACCCCCGACCGACCAGCGCGACCCGCGUCGGGGUUGUCCCCCGUACAAGAAUCUGCGGAAGGUUCUGUCAUGUACGAAGACUCGUUCUCGGAGAUUCCAGAGGAAGUUCUGGCUAGGGCAGUGCCGAGAGCAAACGAGUAUGAGCAGCUCAACGAUGAGCAAAUGGACGAGGUCAUGGCCGAGCUUGAGGCUCGCCAAGAACAGUACGCGGCCUCUUUUGCGCAGGAAUCUGAGAAUUCGGAGCUGGAGCUGGAGCAUGGAGCGGACCAGGAGAUGCAGGCAGACGACUAUGAACUGCCGUAUCUGCGUCCUGGCAAUGACGAGGACGAAGAGCUUGGCGAAGACUCGGCCAUGGAAGAAACGGGCGAUGAGGACAACGACGAUGAGCAGCUUGCAGACGAAGCAGGACAAGCGGCGGCUGGAGAGCAGCCCGCCCUUUCCUCUGAUGUCAGCGAGGCUCAGUCUGAACCGAAACGCCUGUUGACGCCGGACGACUCUUCGGACAGCAUCACCUUCCUGCAUGCGCUCCACAAUGCUCCCCGGCCUUGGUGGUCUAGGCGUAAUGGGUCGUCUCCCAUGCGGGCUACAUCUAGGGUGUCACCCGAGCCAGGUGCAAGCGCCGAGCCGGCGCUGGCGACUCAACAAGUGGAGGCUGCUGCUCAGGACAGCGCCUCCCCGCUUGAAGAAACGCCGCGCAACCAGCUCUCGUCGCCGACCCAGCAGCAGCCGCAGUCCGUGACCCACGAGUCCGCGUCAGCGUCGCAGGUGCGCCCGGCACUUUCGUCCAUUGUCCGCGCAGGUCGUGCUCUCCAGAGCGUCACCUCGGACCCGCCCUCGCCCGAAGCCAGAGAGCGCCAUCUGGGCAGCCCGUUCAGAACUUCCGGCAGCAAGGAACGGCGCUCCGGCUCUCGAGAGCUGGAGAGUGGGCGCCUGACCAGCAGAAGUCCUGGCGGGCGCAUCAGCAAGAGCCCGAGCGGGCGGACUAGCAAGAGCCCCAUGGCGCGUCGCAUGCUCAACUUUGGAAAGUUGGACCCAUCGUCGCUGUCGCCCGAGGGCCGCUCCCCGCUCCGAGACUCGACGAGGAACGUCAGGUCUCCGGUUCGCUUCUCGAGCCUGCCGCCGCCCAGUGCAGAGGCGGCCUCUGUCUCGCCGUCGCGUGCGACUCUGUUCAGCAAGAGUCGCAUCAACACUCCCGCUGCCGAGUGGAACCCGGCACAACCUGACGCGCAGUCAGGUUCGGUGUCGCCGCCGUCGUCGCCGCCACGAGAGCCUCUUUUCAGCAAGAGCAUUAGGGCCGCUGAAGCUCUCGUGGCAACGUUGGACCAGCUACAGCCAUCUGUGUCGCCGCAGAGGGAGUCUUCUCUCCGUCUGCCGCCCACAAGCGUCGAGCCUUCGUCUCCAGCGCGCCCGUCCUUACAGGACGAGCCUCUGCAGGCCCAUGGAUCGACCAUUGGCCGUGUCUCCGCAACCAGCUCGCUGCGCCAAUCGCCGGAUGGCGACACGCAAAGCUGGGUUGCCAACGAGGGCCCGAUCAGCCCGAGACUGCGUGGCGACAACACGCUGCAAGACAUUUGGGCGUUGUCUCCGCAGCCGCCUGCACGGAAGUUCUCCUUCCAACGUUCCCCCGUGCUGCCUGCGCUCGAGGCUCGUGUGCCAGAGCCCGAGCAAGUAACGGAGCUGGAACCGGAAGUGGAAGCAGAGGCCGAGCCAGUGGCUACUGCGGAACCGGAGCAGGAGUUGCCGAAGCUCCCGGCCAACGACGAGGCCGACAUUUGGGAGCUCGAGGCGCAAAGGGACGUGCCGGCACGCCGAAGGAAUGUCCCCUUCGGUAAGCACAGGAGGCCGAGGACCAGGAACUUCACAAAAGAAGCCCUGAUUAAGCAGAAAGCCAGGGAGGAGCCGUGGAUGCGACCCGCGGCGGAAGAACCUUUUGUGAGUAAAUACCUCACGCAGCCAAGUCGGCUUAUGGCCCAGCUGCAGCCUGUGCAGCCUGCCCAGCCUGUUCAGGCGGCGCCGGUCGAAGAGCGCGGCGAGUCAUCUCGUCAGAAUGAGCAGCCGCGCCAAGAAGAAGACGCGGAGGAGUACUCGCUGCUUGCCCGAACACGAGCAGCAGAGGAGGCAGAGAACCUCGGCGAAUCUGCCGCCAGGGCGAGCAGAUUCGACCUGUCCGCCUUUUUCUCUUCACCGAUUGCCAUUGGCGGCAUGUUGGCGAAGAAGUUCUUCCCGAGACUGGGAAGAACCGCCGAAGCUGGUCCCAGCGCAGUGCGGACCAAUCCGCUGACUGGCGAGCCGGAGCCGCUGCCCACCCCGGCCCCCCGCUAUGCAAAGAUCUACCCGGUGAAUGGGCGGAAGAAGAGCAGUGGCUUGUUCUCAAUCUUUGGCCGCGGAGAGUCUGUGGAGCAGUCUCGUCGCCCGGCGGGCCCUAGAUCUAAUCUAUGGACCCCAAACCCUGACGGCUGGAGAAGCAGCCCUGACGUCGUUGACGAGAGCCGCUCCCGGCGGGCGGUGGAGAAAAAGGUCAUUGCCUGGCAACGCCAAAACGGCCUGCCUUGGCUCAUGAGCAACCCCAACAGCCAUGUUGAGGUCGAAUACCCCCGGCUGCCCCCGCUCCCACCUCCGCGGAUGCCCCUGCCCGAGCUCCCGCCCAAGCCGUCUGGGCCGAAGUCGUGUUUCCGCUCGCCGUCGAAGCCGAAGAUCCCAGGCCGGGUCGUCGAGUUCACCAGCAGCGUGCUCUCGCCGCCCGCGCAGGCACUUGCGCGUGAGCAGCGUCGAGAGCGGGAGUACCAAGCGGCUCUGGCACGCGGUGAAAUUCCAGAGCCCAUGGACUUUGAUGACGACGUCGACAUGGGGACCGAGCCGCCGCUGCUGAACGGUGGAGGACUGAUGGGGACCGAGCCGUCGCCGCUGAACGGCGGAGGAAUGAUGGGGACUGCGCCGUCGCCGCUGAACGGCGGAGGACUGAUAGGGCCUGCGCCGACGCUGUUCGACUCGGAAGAGCUGAUGGGGACCAGGCCGUCGCUGUUCAGCUCAGAAGGACUGAGGCAGACUGCGCCGCCGGUGUGGAGCACGGCCGAGCUGAUGGGGUUGGCGCCGCCGCCGUUCAACCCCGCCGAUCAUCCGCCGCUGCCGUACCCCGUUGGACAGAACCCUCUGACGUACCUCGGUGGACUAAUGCCGGACCUGAUGUUCAGCAAUCGACUGCCGCCGCUGACGAUGGGCGCCACAGGAGGAUGGUCGCUGCCGCCGCCGCCACCGCAGCCAGAGCCGCAGCCAGAGCCGCAGCCAGAGCCGCAGCCGGAGCCGCAGCCGGAGCCGCAGCCGGAGCCGCAGCCAGAGCCGGAGCCGGAGCCGCAGCCGGAACCGCCGCAGAAGCGGUAUUAUAGCUACGGCUACGACAUUGACGAGUCAGUGUCGUCGGAUGACGUCUCCAUGACGGAUGCACCGCCGCUGGAGGAGCUGCUGGGUGACCAGCACGAGCUUCCGCAACUGCAGCGGCAGCAGAUCGAGCUCCCGGCUCAGCAGGACCAGGGCCUGAGUGCUGGCAUGGACCAGCCCCCGCAGCAGCCGGCCCGGCAGAUGGGCCCGCUGUCGCAGACGUCUUGGUCGCGCCAGCACUGGCUGGUCCUCGAGGGGCUCUUGCAAGUGCGCCUCCAGGGCCCGUACCACGGGUCCUACGAGCACCUCGCCGAACGGCUGUUCGGCAAGACGGUCCGUGGCCGCGGCGCCGACAUGGUGAUUGAAGACUGGCACAUCGACUGCAUCGAGGCCUUUCAGUCUGUCGUCGGCGGAUGGAACGAGCGCGAGCUGGCGAAGCGUCUCUUCGCCCUGAUCAAGGCGGCAGAGAUGCGCAAGCCGACGCUCGAGGCGGAGGAGGAGUAA